AAAAGUGUGUUUAUGUUUACAUUUUUCAAGUUUUCUUCAACUUCAGUGUUUUUGCCGGAAAUUUAGAAAAAAAACUGGCAUUAUUUCACGAGAAAUGUGAUAAAAAUUAAACUUCAGUGAGAAGAAGUGCUUCUGAAGUCUGCAUUGACCACAAGAAGUGGAGUGUAAAGCGUUGGCACUCUCAGGACAAUGGCAGGCAACAAUCUGGGCUCAAAUCACUUUGCCAUGCUGGCGAAGUCGCUGAAGAUGCGUGAGGAGUUGCGCCACAGGGACAAGCAGGAUCAGCUGGUGCAGGAGUUGAACCAGCAGCAAGACAUCUUCGUGCACACGCUCAUUGGCGCCCGCGAGCUCGAGCUCCUCAUCGCUGAGUUCAAUCCCGCGCGGUGUGACGAAGUCAGCGCCGCCGAUUGGAUCAGAGAUGUGGAGAAGUUGGGCAGCAUUCAUGGCUGGGCGACGGAUCAGUUGCUGCUGUUCGCCAGCAUGAGAUUGUCCGGCGUCGCACGAAUGUGGUACGAAUAUUCGCUGGACAACAUUGCGAAUUGGGAGGACUUCAAGCGGGAGCUGCUGAUGAACUUCCCCCGGACAAUCGACACCACAGAGAUGCACGGGAAGCUGAUGGCGAAGAAGCGCGGCGCCAGUGAGACUCUGGAGGAAUAUUUUCACUCAACUGUGAAAGUGGCGAAGCGAAUGAAGUUGACUGACGACUCAAUCAAGGAUUAUCUCAUCAGAGGUCUGCAGAAUCCGAAGCACGAGGUGAUUCUGUCCUCCAUCGGAUCCUGUUCACUCACGGGAUUCCUUCAGCACAUGGUGCGCCUGGAGGAGGACUCCAAGAGGACAACUUUCCAACCCGGCUCAUCGCAGCCUAUGUCGAAGAAUUUCCCGCCUGCGCCACAAGCAGGACCGUCAAAGUUCUCAACAGUGCCGCCAGUGAAGCAGUUUGGCGACUCAAAGGAGUUUAGCAAAAGCAAAAGUGUGGCUUUGAAGAAGAAAACACACUGUUUAUUCUGCAAAUCCGACGAUCACAUGGUGUCGAAGUGUCCAAAGAUGAACAAGAAGCCAAAAAUCACGACUGCUUCGCUUCCAGCGUCACUUGCUAAUCCGAAGAAGGCGUUCAGUGAGGCGGAAUUGGAGUAUUUUGCGAAGAUGAAGGAGGAGAAGAAGAACAAUUGGGCGGUGAAGAUACAAUUGGAUGAUUCUUCCAUACUGAAGAUCAGACGGAUUUUGGAUGAUUUCGACAAAGAUGCGCCGGAGUAUAAAACGGUGCACAAGAAUUAUCAACUGGUGAAUGGCAAAGUGUACUACAGAGACAAGGAGGGUUUGCGUUUUGUGGUGCCGAAGCAAUUUCGCAGUCUCACGCUGAGUUAUCAUGAUUGCACAGGACACGCUGGCUAUAUUGCCACACUGAAGCACUUGCAGCGUCUCUUCUGGUAUCCACAGAUGAGUGGAAUGGUGACAAAGUACAUCAACAGCUGCAUUUGGUGCAGACACAAUUCGCGCGGAAGAGCCAAAGCGAAGGGCGCCGUGAGCAAUGGUAAAGAUCAGUCGAAGAGAUUGAUGACAAUUCCCUUCUAUCACGUCUUCUUGCACUUCUUCGGUCCCUACGCCAAGACCACGGCUGGACAUGAGUUUGUCUGCGCGAUCAUUGAUGUGCGCACGAAAUUUCGCAUCCUCAAGGAAGUUUGUGAGCCAACGGGGGAAAUCGCCGUGAAGAUUCUCAACUUGUUGGCCGAAUACUUUCCCACGCCCACUGUGAUCAUCACCCAAUCGCCAUUUGUCGCGGACAACUUCAAGGCCUACUGCACGGACAAUGGCAUCACGCAGAGACUGAAUGCCGAUCUCAAUGUCAUGAUGACGGAAACGCUGAAGGACAUCGAUGACGCGCUGAAGGCAAAAGGCGAUGGACAGCCGUGGGAUCAGCGAUUGCCACAGAUUCGGGACAAGAUGAAUUCGACGCCAACGGCGACGAACUUUCUCGCGCCCACCAGAGCCAUCUUCCACUACAUGCCGUAUGACAUUUUCAUGGAGAAGAUGAACAGCGCCAUGGCAAUGGAUCGACCAGAGUUGAUCUCCAUCGCAGAUGAAUCGGAGGAUUCCGACCAGGCGGAAGACGCGGAAGCGGAACCCAAGGCAGAAGCAAAUGAAGCAGCUUUUCAGCGCGGCGACGUCGUCUUGCUCCUGAAGCAGACUGUUAAGGAAGAAAGUGCUGAGAAACCGCGUCCUCGCUAUCAAGGUCCGUACGUUGUUAAGAAAGUGCUGAAGGACAACAAAUACAUCGUGUGCGAGACGAAUUCUAUGCGACGACAGGCCAAGAAAUUCGUCAAGGAAUGUUCGGCUGAUGAACUGAAGAAAUGGCCACAUUAUGAUGUAUUCAAAGAGUUUUAUAAUACAGUCGUGUGAGAUGUAAUAAAAGGAAAAUGUCGAGGUUAUGUUUUUCACGACGGUUUAUGUCAUAUUUUGGAUAAUUUGCCUUUGCAGUGCAAAUUUUUUUUGCAAUAUUUUCCGGGUCGCUAAAAUAAAC